UUUACUAUUUGCAAAUAAGGUUACAAAAUAUUUGUGGGGUGAAGCUAUUUUCACUGCAUCAUAUUUAAUUAAUCGAAUGUCAUCUAAAGUUUUAGAUUGUCAUACCCCUCUUGAUGUUUUUCGAAAUUAUUUUCCUUUGACUAGUGUCUAUGCUGAUUUGCCACUAAAAGUUUUUGGUUGCACUGCUUUUGUUCAUGCACAUAAACAACUUGACAAACUCGAGCCACGAGCAAUAAAAUGUGUGUUUACCGGUUACUCUCCAACUCAUAAGGGGUAUCGAUGUUUUGAGCCAAAAUCAAAAAGAACUUUUGUUACCACGAAUGUUACUUUUGUUGAAAAUCAACCAUUUUUUUCUGACAUUCAUCUUCAAGGGGAAAAUUUUAAGGAAGAUUCAUCUUUUACUUUUGAAAACAUCAUUACUUUAAGUGAUAUAGUGUUGUCACAAAAUUUUGAGACUUAUAUUGAUGUACCAAAAGAAAAUGCCCAAGAAUGCAUAUUGGAACUCAAUCCAAUUAUCAAUGAGGUUUCGACAGAUUCGGUGGCGAUAAUUUCAAAUCAAAAUCACAAUGAUCAAAUUCUUGAUCUCAAUAAUAAUGAAGGACCACCUGAAAUGCCACAACAUAAUGACUCAGAUAAAGAGACACAAAGCAGGUUGACUACAAUUGGCCCUACUUGGGAGGGAAAUGUCUUUGAAAGAAGAAACCAUAAACAGAGAAAUGAAGGACCCAUUCUCCGACCCUUCCAAGAUUCUGAACCAAUAGAUAAUCCAACACAUCAUCUUGAUACAGGUAACUCUUCCUCUGUUCUUAAGAGUCAUGUCGAGUAUCCUGAUAUAGAUCUUCCUAUUGCAAUUAGAAAACCUGUUAGAUCAUGCACUAAAUAUCAUUUGUCUAAUUAUGUGUCAUACUCAAAAUUGUCUUCCUCAUUUGCUGCAUUUACCUCUAAGUUGUCUGCUGUAGAAAUUCCAAAAAAAUAUACAGGAGGCUCUAAGAAUUCCAAAGUGGAAGGAAGCUAUUCUUGAGGAGAUGAGAGCUCUUGAGAAGAAUCAAACUUGGAGAGUCAUGACAUUACCUACAGGAAAGAAUACUGUUGGCUGUAAAUGGGUAUUUACUGUGAAAUAUAAUUCUGAUAACACAGUUGAAAGAUACAAGGCACGCUUGGUUGCUAAAGGGUUUACUCAGACAUAUGGCAUUGAUUACUCAGAGACUUUUGCUCCCGUUGCCAAAUUAAACACUAUUAGAGUUCUCUUGUCCUUGGCAGUGAAUUUAGAUUGGUCUCUUAACCAACUUGAUGUAAAGAAUGCUUUUCUGAAUGGUGAUAUGGAGGAGGAAGUAUACAUGGAUAGUCCACCUGGCUUUGAAGAUAAAUUUGGUUCAAAUGUGUGCAAACUGCAAAAAUCCCUUUAUGGUCUAAGCAAUCUCCAAGGGCUUGGUUUGAAAAAUUCACUCAGUCGGUCAAAAGGCAAGGAUA